GUGUACAUGUAUAUAGAAGUGACCGUGCGUGGGUUGUGUGUGUUUUUCUGUCUAUUACACACUGUGAUGUUUAAGGGCGAACCGUCAGCUGUGAGGGAGAGAUAAGAAGAGAGAAAAGGGGAGGGAAAAGGCGCGCGAUUUCACCGUGACAUCUUUUAGCAUUACGACCACCCUGCCCGAGUCGUCUGCUCGUGUAUUUUCUCCAAAUCACCUCCUGUAAUGCAUUCCGUGAUCUCGAUUUAAUCUCAAUCGUGGUGUUUUUGUGGAAUAAUUGUUGGAUUUUCUUCUCGAUUUACUUUUGUUUUAUUGGAGUGCCCUCGUAAGAUGUUAACAUCGCUUCGAUGUGGAUUAGGUUCGUUGAUGAACUUGGAGGUCAGUGCGCCGGAAAAUUGAUCAGAUAUCUAGCUAGUACACACGCAGGCAUGGUACAUUGACUGUGCAAAUCACGUUUCGUUGUACAGAUAUAGGGGCGCUCGCUGUGUCUGUUUGAGGAUGAGGAUUUAGCAGCCAUGCCAUGGAGCAGUUGCAGCCUUACUGGGGCGUGAGUAGGCGUACGGGAAGGACCGUAAAGCAGAAUGGCUCGCCGACUAACCAAAUACCAUUCUACACAAACGCACGACCCAUGACUCAAAGUGUGACGUCACCUGUGACGCGUGUGUCGUGUUGUAAGUCGCCAAAUCGCGGUGAAUUGACUCAUUUCUGUUGCUGCCUCCACCGAAGGAGGGCUCUGCUUAAGAGGUGGUCUCGGAGACAUCGCGAGAAGGCGACAAGGCUGGUAGCUGGACAGGAAGACGCGGGAAGCACUCAACAGCUUCAUAUACACCACAGUCGACAGGAUGAUGAGACGUAUCUACAUUCGAACACUUCAUCUCUCAUAGAUACUUCCUCUAACUCUUACACGAAUACAGAGUCAUACAAAGAUGAUAGAUUAUUGAAGAGGGAUUCGUUGAAUAUCAGACUACAUAGAGAUAUGGUGUUGGCAAGCGAUGCACCUGACAGGCUCUCUCGAUCAAAUUUUACGUCCAGUGUCGCGAGCCGUGAUGAUGGUGGCGCCAAGUUUGAGACGCCACGAUGUCAACUACCCAGCCACGGUGCACCCGACGAGAAGGACCAUGUUGUGUUCCACACUCGACUGCGUCCAACAUUUCCCCAAUGGACAGAUGUAAGAGUUGGACGUCUCAUGUUCAACUUAGUGAGUGGUGUCUCAAGAGCGAUCCCUUCCGCUUUUCACUCGGUAAGACGAUUAACGGGGGAGGCCCGAGAGGGGAGGCCUCGGGGACGAUGUGAGUCGAAGCUGGCUAUAAGUCCAGCGGCACAAAUGACAUUCCACAGGUGGGUUACAGCGCUACUCGUGUGUAUCAUGGUUCUACCAGUAAACAGCACGGCAGCACCGGGUAUGUCCCGGCAAGGCUCGGUUGUCGAAGAGCCCGGGAACGAACCGGGCUUUAAGAACAGCUAUUACGCAGAGCUACCUCCGAAGGCAGAGUACGAAUCGGUCAUUAUCUGUUUACUGGCCGUCAGUGCGUUCAUAGGACUCAUAGUUUGGGUACUCAAAUCAAACUUUGAGGAAAGACAGCAAAAACGAAUGAGGAGGGAAGCCUCACUACGAGAAAGAACAAGUUCAGUUGCGUUUUUAAAAACAUGACACCCGUCAAGCUGGUGUCUCUUUUUCUUCACAACUUGUAUCAUCAGCACGCUAUCUUGUUAAAGUUAUGACUGGGGAAAGUCUUGGGAGCUCCUUUUCCGUCAUUUUGGCGGAAUUUCAAGUAAAGCAACUGUGAUUUGGAGAAGGGAACUUGGGGAGGUUGCCGGAGAAUAAGGCCAUCACAUUCGAUGUUUUCUACUAAAUAACUAGAUUUUGUGUCCUAUUUUUGUGAACAUUCUGUGAUCAAAUGGAAAUCAGUUCUUGGAAUAUAAUCUUUUUGUCAAACCUGUCUGCGUUUUUACAAUUCGUCAGUGGUGUCCUUGUGUACAAUAUCUGGAUAUUGCCAUAAAACAACCAGGUGGAAGUAACAAGUGGAUUUUCCAGUAACUGAAAUUGAUUUCGCCUUGCCGUCUUAAUUGGCGUUACAUGCACAUGGAAUGUUUUGUCAAUUGGAUAUUGCAUCAGUUUGAAAUGUUGGAAACACUGACAACGUCAAACAUCUAGAUUUUACCUUUGUUCCCCGUCAUUGUCAACAUUGUUGCUUUUGGAA